CAAUACAAUUAAUGAAUCAGUAUUCAAUGAUCUCCCGCUGGCUUGGAUGAUUUGAUAAUGCUUUAUUUCCUCUAGGUUCAGAUCAGGAUACCAGUCUGAAAGGAAGGAGUUCAAGGACGGACCACAGCUCAACGGGUGCGAACGGCGGCGUCAAUACUGUGUCGCACAGCCACGCCAUGGUUGCCAAUGGUUACAUCUGUAAAGACUGUUCCAUACACUCUGAGAGGAAAGAAGCUCUCACCACAUACUCCUCGUCCUCCUCGUCUCAGGCUGCCUCUGCUGCAGCUGCUGCCGCCACCUUCUCCUCUUCCUCGUCUCAGGCUGCCUCUGCUGCAGCUGCUGCCGCCACCUUCUCCUCCUCCUUGUCUCAGGCUGCCUCUGCUGCAGCAGCUGCCGCCACCUUCUCCUCUUCCUCGUCUCAGGCUGCCUCUGCUGCAGCAGCUGCCGCCACCUUCUCCUCUUCCUCGUCUCAGGCUGCCUCUGCUGCAGCAGCUGCUGCCGCCAUCUCAUCAUCAUCAGCCUCAUCCUCCAGUUUAUACUGCACGGUCAAGAGUCAGAGGAGCAAGACAGGUCUCCUGGUGUCAGUCUCUAACACGUGUGUCCACUACAGCAGACGAGCCCUGGCCCCUAUAGUGUCCCUGGUGACACUGCUCUUCCAGAAUGUUCUGUGGCUGGGCACUAGGGCUAGGAGCCACUCAGGCAAAGGUGUCCUGGCGUCCCUCUUAGACAGGGCCAGACGGGCUGUCUCCUCCAGCGCGUCCCGUGUCUCUUGGCUCUUUAAGCAGACCACUCUCCACAGGAUGAUGGGCUACAGGGCCAACGGCUACGAAGGCAAAGCUCAUUCUAGUUACUGUGGGAGCAUGAAUGUAAAAGACCACGUGAUGGGAGACGGACACCAACACUUUUUGAAUGGCUCGUUGUGUGACGACUGUAAAGGGAAGCAGCACCUGGAGACCAACACACUGGUCCACAGUCACACACAGACCUCCAGAACUCACCGUCUACUGGGGGGUCUGUGGACCCUUAUAGCUUACACAGGCUACUGUCUGCUCCAGCCAGGUUCAUGUAGUGAGGGCAGGCCUGGCGCUGGGUCAGCAGUGGGGUCAGCAGUACGGUCAGUGGCUCAGAGACUCCUGUCGGUGCUGUGGCUAGUCCUGGGAGCUCCAGGUAAAGCAGCCAGACGGUUGUUGUGGUGUCUGGGGACAGGCUGGUACCAGCUGGUGUCUCUCAUGUCUCUGUUCAACGUCUUCUUCCUGACCCGGUGCCUGCCCAGAAUGUGGAAGCUCCUCCUCUUCCUCCUUCCCCUCCUGCUACUUCUGUGGUUGUGGUUCUGGGGUCCGUCCAGUUUCCUCUCCUACCUUCCAGCCAUAAACCUGACAGAGUGGCGCUCCAGAGUGGUGUCCCCCUUCACCCUCUCAUCGUUUAUCCUGACCCCUGCCCUUGUUUCCACCCCCGCCACACCACUGGAGCAGAUCCCCCCAGCAUCCCCCGGCCCACAGGCACAGCCAGUCCUUCCCCCCAUAGUCACCGUGGACACAGAAGGCCUGGAGCGUCUGGAGCGGGUAGAGCAUGGUCUGACCCUGCUGUGGGAGCGGGUGGAGCAGGGGGACCAGAGGCAGGAGCAGCAUCACGGGGACACCCUGGCCCAGUACACCCUCCUGAGGGAGCAGCUGGACAGCCAGACGGACAGGGACAGCCUGGGUCUCUGGGUCUCUGGCUUGCUGGAGCACAGGAUCACCCUGCUGAGAGGAGAGUUGGAGCAGCAGGAGGCCUCACACAGGGCACAGACUGAAGAGCAGAGGGUUCAGCAGCAGAGUCAGGAGACACGGCUGGCUGAGCUGGAGGGGCUGCUGCAGGUCCUCGCUACUAAAACUGAGGCGGUGCAACAGAAACGGGAACAGCGGAAGGAGGAGACAGAGGAGACAGCCACACCAGCCCCUGCCUCUGUCAGUGUGGGUGUGGAUCAGGAGGCCCAUGCUGCUUUGCUGGCGGAGGUGCAGAGGCUGGAGGGGGAGCUGGGUCGGAUCAGGGGCGACCUGCAGGGGGUGAUGGGAUGUCAGGGGAAAUGUGAGCAGCUGAACACAAUCCAGGAAACGGUGUCUACCCAGGUGUCCGCCCAGGUGAGGCGGGAGCUGCGGGCCCUGUUCUACGGCUCUGUCGACCAGACCCACCAGGGAGAACCAGACAUCCCCGAGGGUCUCCUCCAGUGGCUAUCGUCGCGCUACGUGAACGGGGCCGACCUGCAGGCCCUCCUGACCAACCUGGAGCUCAGCAUCCUGAGGAACGUGUCGCUGCAGCUGGAGGAGAGCAGGGCCGAGGCCCGGACGGAGGCUGAGGCCAGGGCUGCAGUCAUCACCACCCAGACCCAGGCUAUUACACAGAGUGUCCAACACACGGCCGUGGGCGGGGGACUGUCUGAGGAGCAAGUGCAGCUGAUCGUCCAGAAUGCCCUGAAACUCUACUCCCAGGAUAGGACGGGCCUAGUGGACUACGCCCUGGAGUCUGGAGGCGGUAGCAUCCUAAGCACGCGCUGCUCGGAGACGUACGAGACAAAGACGGCCCUCAUGAGUCUGUUCAGCGUGCCCCUCUGGUACUUCUCCCAGUCACCCCGUGUCGCCAUCCAGCCUGAUAUGUAUCCAGGGAACUGCUGGGCGUUUAAAGGUUCUCAUGGUUACCUGGUCAUCCGGUUGUCCCUGAGGAUCCUCCCCACAGCCUUCUGUCUGGAGCACAUCCCCAAGGCCCUGUCCCCUACCGGCAACAUCACCAGCGCCCCGCGCAACUUCACUGUCUACGGUCUGGAUGAUGAGUAUCAGGAGGAGGGAAAGCUGUUGGGUCAAUACACCUACCAGGAGGACGGAGACUCAAUGCAGAACUUCCCUGUCAUGGAGAAGAACGAAAGGGCCUUCCAGAUCAUCGAGGUGCGGGUGCUGACCAACUGGGGUCACCCCGAGUACACCUGCCUCUACCGCUUCAGAGUCCACGGAGAACCACGCAUCCAGUGAGGGAGGAUGGCGGCCAUGUGACCUGCCAGCCAACAGAGAAAUGCAUAUCAUCCUAUCUGUAUAUAGUACUGGACAUAUGGUUCUAAAUGGAGGGGGCUGGGAAAAACCAGACUUAUAUAGACGAGUGACUUCAGAAGUGUGGGGAUGGGUGUUUGAUUUAUGCUAGAAUGUGUCCAAGGGGGGGUUUUGUUUUACUCGGUAUUGAAAUGGUGAAAGAAUGAACUGUAAUGAAAUGUCAGGGAAUGUGAAAGAGAAAAGAAGAGUGAAGGUAGAAGAAGCUCGGUCCCAGUCCCUCCUCCUUAAACCUGCUCUUGCACUGAAUUAGCCCUCCAGGUCAAAACCCUUUGGUUUUUGGAGGAGCGUUUUCCUCUGUCGCUCUCACACAACCAUCUCGAGUCUGUGACCUCGAGAUGGAAACGGACUACACACAUCUUUUUUUAUUUCCUUACACAUCCUAUCUGAUUUGGUUAUUGUUUUAAUCAGGUGUUAUUUUGAAUUGGAUGUUUCUUUGGAGACCCCUUGUGGAUUCUGAUGGAGUUUCAGGAUCAAAGCCACAGAACUGGAUCAAAGCCACAGAACUGGGCCUAAAUGACGUUUAUAUAGGCCUCACACACACUGGGCCUACAUGACACUGUAUAGGCCACAAUUCUCUUGAUACAAAGCUACUGCUCUCUGCUGCUGUUGGUUGGUCAGUCUGCAGGGCCAGCUAACGUGGUCAGUGGACACUCGCCAGACACAGACCGGACUGCUACCGUUCUUUGGAUUCAACAACACUACCGUUCGCCAUGAUUUUAUGCAUCCACACACACAGCCAUCAAAACUAAGCUCUAUCUCUCUCCUAUAGAAAAUGUUACACACAUGGACAGACUUUUAUUGAGUUGAUAUAUGUGUAUCUCAAGUUAAGAUUUGGUCUUGAAGCUCUGUGGAGUCCAGACUGGAGUGUUAAUGAGAGUGAGACUGACAGCCAAUGGUUUGGCUUCUAGUGCAGCGAGCCAAUGGUUUGGCUGCUCCUUGCACAGUCAUUAUAACGUCCUCUACUAGAGCUUCUACUCUGGAAAAGGGGAUCCUUGGGAUGUCCCAACGCUGACAUCAUCCCAUUGAAGUUCAGGUUAGGGUUAAGUAAUCUGUAUAUUUCAUUGUUAAUAGUUGGUCCUUUUUUAAGAAUUAGAUUUUAUCAGUGUUGCUUUAUGAAAAAAAGGGUACACCUUGUCAAUAUUUCUAUAAUUUGUAUUACCCAUUGUAAGUGUAAUUAUGUUUGACUUUUACCAUUUUUAGUUGAGAAUAAUGACAAAUGAUGCCUGUAAAUGAAAUGUGUGUUGCACAAGUCCUCACAAUUUGUGGAGAAAACUAGAUGGGGUCUAGAUGGGGUAGCUAUAAAUGAGUUGUGUGUGGACCAGAAAGUCUAAAUGUACAAAAAAAUGAUUUCAUGAUCCUAUUUAUUUUUAAGAUAAUUAGUUACUGCAAGAUAGGACUGCAUUGUAUUUUUAUCAAAAAGCUUUUCAGUGCAUUUUGGAAACAUCUUGGGACAGUACAGAUUUUGUUUUUCACUUGUUUUUAAAUGUUUUUUGUUGUUUUGUUGCUGCUGUCAUCCUGAGAUAGCUAAACCGCAUUUUAGAAUAUAUUCCUAAAGAAUUACAUUUUGAGAGCUUUUGAUGCAUGUGAUAUUUUACCUAAUAAAGACUAUUGUUUUUUUAUUUAAAA